AGCCACUGGAGAGUACACUUCAGCGCGUAGUACCGCUCUGAGAAAACAAACCUGGGAAACUACACAACGCAUCAUUUCUUGUGGUUUUAAGGAAUAGAGGAGUCGGAAUUAACGUUGCAGUUCACAUAUUUUCAAGCGCACAACGAGGACAAUAUUUUAUCGAGCUGUGAUGGACAUAAUGAACGCGGUGCAGGAUGCGUGUGUCUCCGGUCAGUGGCUCACCGCUAUCAUUCUUAGCCUUUGUUGCGUUCUUCCCUCCUGUUUGCCUGCUGGACAAACUGUGGAGUAUUCCUCAAUUACAAAUACUGUCUUCAAACAAGGAGACACAGCAAUCUUGAGAUGCUACCUAUUGGAUGGAAAAUCGAAAGGAGCAUGGUUGAACCGCUCUAGUAUCAUAUACGCAGGGGUUGACAAAUGGUCAGGGGAUCCCCGUGUGUCCAUCGUAACAAGCGUCGGGGACAAGCACGAAUACAGCCUUCAAAUACAAAAAGUGGAUGUAACAGACGACGGCUUGUAUACCUGCUCGAUCCAGAGUAAACGCAAUAUACAGCCUAAGCACAUUCAGUUAACCGUAAGAGUUCCUCCCAAGAUAUAUGACAUAUCAUCUGAUAUAACAGUAAACGAAGGCAGCAAUAUUUCGCUCAUCUGCACAGCCUCUGGCAAACCUGAGCCAACGAUCUCCUGGAGACACAUCACUCCAUUAGCCAAGAAGCAGGAGAGCGGGGAGUAUUUAAACAUCACUGGAAUAACCCGAGACCAAGCUGGAGACUACGAGUGCGGCGCUGGGAACGACGUCUCCUCUCCGGACACCAAGACAGUGAGAGUCACUGUCAACUUUCCUCCCACCAUUCAUGAGAUGAAGAGCCAUGGCGUGGGUCUGGGCCGUACCGCUCUACUGCGCUGUGAGGCUGCCGCUGUCCCCACUCCAGACUUCGAGUGGUACAAGGGAGAGAAGAGACUGUACAGGGGCCAAGGGAUUGACAUCAAGAACCUCAGUUCCAGAUCUGUACUCACAGUAACCAACAUGACAGAGGAUCGCUAUGGUAACUACACGUGUGUGGCUAUCAACAGGCUGGGAACGGCCAACGCCAGCGUGCCUCUCCUCCCAAUUAUUGAACCAACCACAAUUAUUGAACCGACCACUAGGCCUGUGUCAAGCCCAGCGCCCAACACGGCACCAUAUGGGAGCGCGGGGAGUGCCGGCGUCCUGCUGUCCUGCCGAUACCUGAUCCUGGUGCUGUCCUGCGCCGUCACUGUUUACUAGUCCACAGACGGCCAUACACAAAUGACUGUAAAGAAAAAGCCCUCCAGCGCUUUCACAAAUUGUGCUGAUUACUGGGUCCAGUCUGGUAGAGUUUGUUCAAAAACAGCGUGGGAUAUAAUCAGCGUUACUUGUUUUGGGGAUGGUCUAUUUUGUUUGGUUGUUUUUUUUUGGUUUGUUUUGUUUUUGCUGUUUUGAUUUUAGUUUUUCUUCCUGUGAAAUUUUCCAUUGUGUAAAUAGUUAUGAUUUUCGUUUUUCUUACUUUCUGAUUACCCACUUUGUGAAUCAGUUCACAUUGUCACCCCCUCAAAGCAACAAUUUUAGCCACACUUUUACACCGAGGAAUGGCUGCUAAUUGGCGUAGUGUUUGUAGAAGAGACUGGGGAUUGGGACUCACGGGUGCCAGGGCAUCGUCUGCAUACUAAUGCUGAAGCUGUCACCUAGGCAGUCAUAUUCAUUUACACCACACCGUUAAGCAGCCACUGACCUUCACCCCACAAGGCUCUCACCCGAAAAAUAACACCUUACAUCCUUCUUGAUUCUAGAAAGGACUCCAGUUGGCUUUUUAUUUUUUUUAUUCUUUAUUCCCGCUCACGUAUAAGUUUAUUCAAUUGGUAUCAUGGGUCAUUUUGUUAUUCCGAAUCUUUUGACACAAUAUUCCAUAUUGUUCAUUAUUUGCAUAUAAUCGUGUCUUAAGAUGUGUGCAUGAAUGAACACUUUCAACUGAGAGGUAGAAGCAAACAAACCAUUAGAGCUGUGGGUGUAUUGCCCCUGUGAGUGGUAAGGUAGGAACUCUAAAUGAGGGUUCUAAUGGAUUCUAAAGGAACAUUGCAGCGUCAGCAAUAUGCUUCCUUGUCAAAGCUUGAAUAAGCGGGACAAACACAGUGCAGAAGUUACACUAAAAAGGCUGAAUGCACCACUGGCUAUCUAUUUAACCUCCAGCUCCCCCCUCUGAUCCAGAGUAUUACUUUUGUAUCCAUCGGAAAUUUAAUUAUGAACCCGAGAAUGCGAGAGAGUAUGCCAGCAACAAAAUUCUAUCCGUGCCAUAAAAAAAAAAGCUCAAGUCAGUGUUGAGAUAUUGUCGUAUAACUCACAAACGGAUGGCUGUCUCAGUCUCUUUCCGCACCUGUUCCCUUCAUAAAAGAUGAACAGAAUCAGUGUUCAAACGAUUGCUUGAGUGAAAAAAUAGGAACACGUGGGUUGUUCACAAGAAUGCUUGGGUGAGUUAUUUGUUUGAUUGUAAAGGAGUUAUCCAUGGGCAUAUCUAUCUCCUUCAGAAAGCACAUGAUCUGUUCACAGUGUGAUAGGGGAAUCUUGACCAGUAUUUAUUGUGACUAAAUAUAUCACCAUGUCCGCUGUUUUUGUAACUUAUUUCCAUUUUUUUUGUCUCAAAGCUAUGAGGGAUUUUACUUUAAAUUAAAUGACCAGUAUUUCUGUUUCAUUUGUUUGUUUAUGAAGAGAUUUAUGAUGGGUUUUGCAAUAUACUUUGUUGCUUAUUUGUUUAAAUAUUACAUUAAUAUGGGGGGGAGGGGAAGAAAAUAUUCAUUAACCUCAUUUUUAAGAGCAUUAACACAGAUGUGACACGUGAACAACAAUGUGAAAUGAUUAUCAAUUGAGAGAAGUACAGUAAGACAUAGUUUACAAUGUUUGUCUGUUAUUUUAGAUGCCAUAAACGCAGGUGGUUCUUGUCAAAUAAAUAGAUGAAAAGAAAAAAAAAAAAUAUUUGUAAUCCAACUAUCUACUUUUUGAAACUCAGAGGAUGUGAACCAGUAACAUGAUACUAUAGAAAUGAGUCACUUGUGUGUACGUUUGGAGACAGUAGAAUUCAUUUUUUAUCUAACCUGUAGAGCCAGAGAUUAGCUUUGGUUUCGCCUCUACCUUCCUACACACUCCUGUGUGUGACGAUGUGCAGAAAUUAUGGUUGUGCUGCAUGUCAAAUUAAUGUGUUUUAAAGGUGGCAAAUUAUCACAAAACAAUAUUUAAACCAGUUUCAGGAAUGUUAUAACUCGAUUUCAUUAAACCACACUCGGAAUGUACCUACCAUUUCAUAAUGUAUCGCAUAAUAAUGCUGUUCUGUUACACCUAUUUCUGUUGAGUAUAACUGUAUAACAAAAGAUAGUGAGACUGUUUUAACCCUGGCACAGUGGUGACUGCACUGUAGAAUGGGGUCUGUGUUCUCAACACCUAUGUUAACGCCUUUAUAUGAGUAUAUAUAUGUUGUUUCAUUGUGAAUGAGCCCAUGUUUACCCUGUGACAAGAGUUGACAGAUCUAUACAGACGCAACAUAUAUUUGCAUAAAAAAAGACAUCUUAAUCAACUCUGUGUUGUGCAAUAUAUUAAUACAGCCUAAUUCAUCCACUAACUUCGCCUGUAGCAACAGAUUAAACUCAUGAGAAGAAAUUAAUUCAAAGCAUUUGUGUUAAGAUGGCGUUAUGGAGGUGACUACCUUUGCUGAACUCCAUCGUCUCCUGCAGACACCAGUGUGCCACCAGGGUUAUUUGGUGUGUUUGUACACUACGCUUGACGACCGACCUGACUAAGCUUUUAAUCAGUAACACUUGUGAUGGAAUUCGAUCGAGGGAUUUUACUGGCUAAAUCCUAUCUGUUCAACGUUUCUUUCGCUUUUAAAUUGCUUGAUUGAAUUCCCCCAGGAGUUUGAAAUAUUAAACUAUAUACAAAUUUAAAAA